AUGGAUGAGCUUUUCGACGUCUUCGACGAUCAGCCCCAGGCUGUCAAGCCGGCUGAGGGAGCACCCAAGAGAGCAAAGAAAGACAAGAGCAAGAAGCGACAGGUCAAUGGCGAUGUCAAAGCAACCGCCGCCGCACCCGCCGACACGGAGGAUGUAGACAUCCCCGACGCCCCCGACGCCCCCGACGCCCCCGAUGCUUCCACAGACGAGAAGGAGGCCGAACCGGAUGAGAAGGAAGCGAGUCCUGUUGCCGACCCUAACGAACAACCUGAUGCGAAACGUCCGCGCCUCGCGACAAAGGAAGCUGAGCCUGUCUUGGCCGAUUCAUUCGAGACGGAGCAGGAGCGCGAGGUCGCUGGAGCCACCGGAUUGCAGGCCUCGGCUGAUUCCGCAUCUUUGAAGCUAUCCCACCAAGUUCGACACCAGGUCGCCAUCCCGCCGAACUAUCCCUACGUGCCCAUCUCUCAACACAAGCCUCCGGAGAACCCUGCCCGCGUAUGGCCAUUUACCCUCGAUCCUUUCCAGCAGGUAGCUGUCGCAUCCAUUCAAAGAGAGGAGAGUGUGCUGGUCUCCGCCCAUACCAGUGCCGGAAAGACUGUGGUCGCCGAGUACGCUAUCGCGCAGAGCUUGAAGAACAAUCAGAGAGUCAUCUACACCAGUCCGAUCAAGGCGCUCAGCAACCAGAAAUUUCGUGAAUUCCAACAAGAAUUUGGUGACUGUGGCUUGAUGACUGGAGAUGUUACCAUCAAUCCGACGGCUACAUGUUUGGUCAUGACUACCGAGAUUUUGCGUUCCAUGCUUUAUCGUGGCUCCGAGAUCAUGCGCGAAGUAGCUUGGGUCAUCUUCGAUGAGGUCCACUACAUGCGCGAUGCAACUCGAGGUGUGGUUUGGGAGGAAACGAUCAUUCUCCUGCCCGACAAGGUUCGAUAUGUUUUCUUGUCCGCGACAAUCCCGAAUGCUAUGCAGUUUGCGGAAUGGAUUGUCAAGAUGCACAACCAACCCUGUCAUGUUGUUUACACCGACUUCCGACCAACUCCAUUGCAACACUACUUCUAUCCUGUUGGCUCCGAAGGCUUGCAUCUGAUUGUGGAUGAGAGGGGAGUUUUCCGCGAAGAUAACUUUCAGAAAGCGAUGAGCAGCAUUGCCGAUAAGAAGGGCGAUGACCCUUCAGAUGCCAUGGCCAAGAGGAAAGGAAAGGGCAAGGACAAGCGGUUGAACAAGGGCGGUCAGAAUGACGAAAAGAGUGAUAUGUAUAAGAUCGUCAAGAUGAUCAUGCUUCGAAACCUCAACCCUGUCAUCGUCUUCAGUUUCAGCAAGCGCGAGUGCGAGAACGGUGCCCUUCAGAUGAAGAACUUGUCCUUCAACGAUCCUUCAGAAAAGGAGAUGGUUCAAACAGUCUUUGACAACGCCCUUAAGAUGCUUUCGGAAGAAGACCGGAAUUUGCCCCAGAUCCAGAACCUCCUACCACUUCUGCGCCGUGGUAUUGGCGUCCAUCACUCUGGACUUCUUCCCAUCCUUAAGGAAACCAUUGAGAUUCUGUUCCAGGAAGGUCUGAUUAAGGCGCUAUUUGCUACGGAAACUUUCUCUAUCGGUUUGAACAUGCCGGCAAAGACUGUUGUAUUCACGAGCGUGAGGAAAUUCGACGGCUUCAGUCAACGCUGGGUUACUCCAUCAGAAUUCAUCCAGAUGUCUGGUCGCGCUGGUCGAAGAGGUCUAGAUGAACGUGGUAUCGUCAUUAUGAUGGUCGGAGAAGAGAUGGAUCCUGCUGUUGCAAAGGAGAUUGUGCGCGGUGAGCAGGAUCGACUGAACUCGGCUUUUCACCUGGGCUACAACAUGAUUCUCAAUCUUAUGCGUGUGGAGGGCAUUUCGCCCGAGUUCAUGCUCGAGAGAUGUUUCUACCAGUUUCAAAACACAGCCGGUGUUGCUGAGCUUGAAAAACAGCUUGCGGAAUUCGAGGAAAAGCGUGCAAACAUGAAGAUUGAGGAUGAAGGCACCAUUCGCGAGUAUUAUGACUUGCGUAAACAGCUUCAGAAAUUCAACGACGAGAUCCGGACUGUCAUCACGUAUCCCGACUACUGCCUUCCAUUCAUACAACCUGGUCGCCUGCUUCAGGUAAAGCAUAAGGAUCAUGAUUUCGGCUGGGGUAUUGUGGUCAAUACCAAACAGCGCAAGGCACCAAAGGGUUCAAGUGAGGAGUACACCCCCCACCAGCAACACGUCGUCGACGUUCUGCUCGAAAUUGCUGCUGGCAACUCCGUCGGCACUAAGUCUUUCGAGGACAUGCCGGCUGGAGUGCGGCCGCCCAAGGAGGGCGAGAAGACUUCCAUGGAGGUCGUUCCAAUUGUCCUUAGCUGCAUUCAUGCCAUUGGCAAGCCGCGCCUCUUUCCUCCGAAGGAUUUGAAAUCUAGGGAUACACGGAAUUCGAUGAAGAAGACUCUUGCUGAAGUACACAAGCGUUUUCCGGAUGGCAUCGCUACUAUGGAUCCGCUCGAGGAUAUGGAAAUCAGAGACGACAGUUUCAAGAAGACCCUACGUAAAGUUGAAGUUCUUGAGUCCCGACUUUUCACCAACCCCCUGCACAACUCUCCUCGUCUAGCGGAACUGUACGAUCAAUAUUCAGAGAAAGUGGAACUCGGGAACAAGGUCAAGGAGACGAAGAAGAAGAUCUCCGAUGCCAUGUCCAUCAUGCAGCUCGAUGAACUGAAAUGUCGCAAGCGGGUCCUGCGUCGAUUCGGUUUCAUCAAUGAAGCCGAGGUCGUGCAACUGAAAGCCAGGGUUGCCUGCGAGAUCAGCACGGGUGAUGAACUCAUGCUCAGCGAGCUGCUCUUCAACGGUUUCUUUAACAAGCUUACGCCGGAGCAAGUGGCCGCCGUUCUGAGUGUCUUCGUGUUUGAGGAAAAGACCAAGGAGACCCCUGCUCUGACACGGGAUGAGUUGGCAAAACCCCUCAAGGAGAUCCAAGCGCAGGCUCGGAUCGUCGCCAAGGUCUCGCAGGAAUCCAAGCUGGCCCUUAACGAGGAAGAAUACGUCAACAGUUUCCAUUGGGAACUGAUGGAGGUCAUGUAUGAAUGGGCGAACGGAAAGUCCUUCUCUGACAUCUGCCAAAUGACCGAUGUUUACGAAGGCAGCUUGAUCCGCGUCUUCCGCCGACUUGAGGAGUGUAUCCGCCAGAUGGCACAGGCAGCCAAGGUCAUGGGCAGCGAAGAACUCGAGAGCACUUUCGAAACUGCCUUGACCAAGGUGCGCAGGGAUAUCGUCGCCGCCCAGUCCCUGUACCUAUAAAACACUAUACUAUCGUCCUUUUUCCCUUCGCGUCUCAGAUUCUUCUUUCUCUUUGACUUUUCAUGGUCGCGCGGUUUUACAUUGGUGGUCGCAUCUCUGGCGUCAGGCUUUACAAAAGGUUUCUGUCUGGCUUUUGCCGUUUUCACUCUCGCAUCAUUUAUGUCUAAAUAUCUCUACCUGUAAAUGAGGGUGUCAUUUUGUGCGACACUCAAUUCUAGACGAC